UGUGGGACUCCGAGGAGGCGGCUGCGGGACCGCGGGCCGUGACUGUCCGGCUGUGACCCGCCGCCCCGGCUCCGCUCCAGCUCCGCUCCGCACCCCCGACGCACGGCCAUGACGGGCUCCCUGUUCAAGGGGAACUUCUGGAGUUCGGACAUCCUCAGCAACAUUGGCUAUGACAGCAUCAUCCAGCAUCUGAACAAUGGGCGCAAGAACUGCAAAGAGUUUGAAGACUUUUUAAAAGAAAGGGCAUCAAUUGAAGAGAAAUAUGGCAAAGAUCUGCUCAACCUCUCUAGGAAGAAGCCAUGUGGACAGUCUGAGAUCAACACCCUGAAGCGGGCCCUUGACGUCUUCAAGCAGCAAGUAGACAAUGUGGCACAAUAUCACAUUCAGCUUGCACAGACCCUAAGAGAAGAGGCCAGGAAGAUGGAAGAAUUCAGGGAAAAGCAAAAGCUGCAACGGAAAAAGACAGAGCUUACAAUGGAUGCUGCUCAUAAACAAAAGAGUUUACAAUUCAAGAAAACCAUGGAUGCAAAGAAGAACUACGAGCAGAAAUGCCGAGACAAAGAUGACGCAGAGCUGGCUGUGCACCGGAAUGCCAACGUGGUAAACCCGAAACAACAAGAAAAGCUUUUUGUGAAACUGGCAACUUCAAAGACUGCAGUAGAAGACUCAGACAAGGCGUACAUGCAGCAUGUCAAUACGCUGGAUAAGGUCCGAGAAGAGUGGCAGAGUGAGCACAUCAAGGCCUGCGAGGUGUUGGAGGCUCAAGAAUGUGAACGAAUAAAUUUCUUUCGGAAUGCUUUGUGGUUACAUGUCAAUCAGCUGUCACAACAAUGUGUCACAAGCGACAGCAUGUAUGAAGAAGUCCGUAAGAGUUUAGAAAUGUGCAGCAUUGAGAAGGACAUUGAGUACUUUGUGAAUCAACGCAAAACUGGACAGACUCCACCAGCGCCCAUCGUGUAUGAGAAUUUCUACUGCCCCCAGAAGAAUACAGCCCCACCAGGAAAGGCUACGGGGCCUAACUUGGGAAGGAGAGGACCUCUCCCAGUUCCUAGUAUACCAGAUGACCCUGAUUAUUCUUUGAUUGAUAACUACAGUUUGAUCUAUCAGUAACAUCAAUGAAAACUGAUGCUUCUAUGGCAUGGAAGGAGGCACUUGGAGCAGCAAAAUCUCUAGGAAUUAUGUCAAUCAUGAAGACUUUGAAGUUAACCCUCGCUGUAUUUUUUGAUAUUUUAAAUUUAUAGUAGACAUUUAGUUCAACUUAAGCUAGUAGAGUUCUGCAGUUUUUUAAAUAAGUUUACAGAUUGCCCCAGACUGAAGAAUUAUCCUUUCCCAAUCAGUUACUAAAGUUGUGAAUGAGUUGUGUUUUCUGCUUGAUCCAGGAAAGUCUCUGGAUUCAGAGCCUUAACUUUUGAGGGGCAGAGGUGGCUGCAGAGGAGUCUGAGCCAUCAACCUACAGAAGCUCGUUUGGCUUUGAGGGCAGCGUGAUUAUGGAAUUUGCACAGCAACACACAUUCUCAGUGGUGCAAGAUUUAAAAUUACCUUCCUUUUUGACUGGAAGACUCGGAGGCCAUCUGAUUUCACUUUCUCAUUUUACAGAUGAGGAAAUGAGGCCCAGAAGUGUGAAAUCAAUUUCCUUACAGUUCUCUCAGCUGAUUAGGGACAGAACCAGAGCUAGAGUACCAGCUCAUCCCACAGCACUUUCUUCUAACCCUUCCUGAGGCUCUGAUGCUCAUGUUGAAAUUUAAGAUGCCAAAUGUUUUUGCCAGCAUCUUUUCAGUUGGAAAAAUUACCAGGGUUGAAAUGUCAGAUUUAUUUUUAUAUGGCUCACUGUGUGUCCUGAACUACAGAGCACCAUAUUUACUCCAAUCUAAGAAACCAUUAAUUGUAAAACAUGCCAUUGUUUUAUGUAUCACUAAGAAAGUCGGGUGGGGGAGUUGAUAAUUAACUUGUGAAAGUUAAUGGCCAAGCCUAUUUGAAUUUGAAACUCUAAAGUGUAGGGGGAGAAAAGUACAUCCUAGAAUCAAUGAAAUAUGGUAUUUUCUCUAUUCUUGAAGAGAAUUUUAGAGUUAAAAAGCCAGUCCUCAUCCUGAGUCUUCACAGAGAAUCUUUCCCUUGCUAGAUCCUGGAAUCUUAAAGUGUCAAUCUUACCCUUUCUCAAAUAUUUGGGCCUUCCUUUUGUCACUCACAAACAGCAGGGAGACCGUGUACCUUUUACACAACAUUCACACACGAUGAGAAAAUGGUACGUUUUAGUUAAUGACAAGUUAAAUUAGCAACGGCACUUAUUAGGUAUAUUGUAAAGUUCUUUUACCACAAAGAGCAAAUGUUUUCCUGUCCUGCUCUGUGCAAUAGCUUUCCCAGAAUUAUGGCCACAUUGAUUGAACGAACAGUGAUUCUUUCCCUCCUUUUAAUGUGAGGUGUUACUGAAAGUGGCAGCUUCUUGUGACAGGAAACUUGCGUCAGUUGGAUAUCCUUUUGAGAAACUGGAGUUUGCCCAAGGCCAUUGACUUCCCCAAAUUGAACAGGCUCAGGAAGUUUUCCUUUGAACUCAGAACAUUCUGUUUUUAAGUAUUUUAUUUAUUGUUGGCACUUCCUCAGGGAUUUCACUUUUCUCUCUCUUGGUCGGUGUGAUUGAUGUAAAAGUGUUUUAUGAAUUGCAAAUAUUUUUAUUUUAUUGCUCUUUCAGUUUGAUAUGAAGUAAAAUAAAGGUUCUUGGUGAUUUGGGA